GAUGUGCACUCACCCCACCAAAAUUUCUCCGCCCCCGUCGUUGGAAUCUCUUGCCCAACUAGUUCUUAAACACCCCAUGACAGCUCUCAGAGUGAAUACUAGAAAUACUUACACAAGUUUCCUCAUUGCGACGCAAUCCACUUUGAUCAAGGGUGCUUCCGAGCGCAGGCGUAUCCCCUGCAUCAAGGUGCCUUAUCGCUCAGUUCCGCUACUAAUAUUUACUCACACCCAUCUUUUCCAAAGUUUCACCUCAGUUCGAUUCAAAAUGGAUGCGCCAGACAACCAAAUUGAGUCUCAUCGACCAGAAGACCUUCCGUUGGAAAUUCUUGACGGGCCCCCAGCCAAUGGAGUUUACAAAUUCAGCAGUUUUGACGACGCUGAGGAUGUAGAAGAUUAUCGACCUGGAGGUCUCCAUCCUGUUCAUCUAGGAGAUUGGCUAUCAGAUGAGCGGUAUCAUGUCCUUCACAAAUUGGGGAAUGGUGGAUAUGCGACGGUGUGGCUCUGCAGAGACGUCAAGACCAAAAGACUAGUGGCACUGAAAAUCAUUAUGGCCGAAGAGUCUAAACAGGAUUGCCCUGAUUUGAAAAUCCAACAAUGGGUUGCCGCGAAAAGUUCCGAGGCUUUAUCUUCACCACUGAUAGCCUUACCGACUGAUCGUUUCUGGGCAGACGGACCAAAUGGUCGCCAUCUCUGCCUCGUCCUUCCUCUGCUUGGGCCACGAAUUGAUACGGUAUGGAACAAGUUUAAGGAUCCGCAAAAAAUAUUGCCAAAGAUUGCUUUCCAGGCUUCUCAGAGCCUACAACUUCUUCAUAGUCUCGGUAUAUGCCAUGGAGAUUUCCGGCCUGCAAACAUCUUGCUACGGCUGUCUGGACUGGAUGAAUUAGAAGAAGAUUCUCUCUUUCGUCUCUUGAAAGAGCCGGAGCGUGAUCUCAUUCUUCUUGCAGACGGCAGUCGUCCUGGUCGAGGUGCUCCCGAAUACGUGGUCCGACCUCUAAAUCUCAGCACUCUUCCUUCCGAAAUGCUAACAAACAACAUCUGUCUUAUUGAUUUCGGAGAAUCCUUUCCCGUAGACAUCCCUCCAAGCGAUUUGGGCAUCCCAGUAUCCUAUUCCUCGCCUGAACUGCUUUUUGAGCACGAUGCUGCGCAAUCCAAUGACAUUUGGGCUCUUGCCUGUACGAUUUUCGAAAUCAUCACGGGAAGAAAGCUUUUUCCCGACAUGUUUGGCGAUGGAGAAGAUGUAAUCUUACAAUGGGUCCAGCUGCUGGGUCGCAUGCCGGACCGUUGGUGGAACAUGUGGGAAUUUCGAAAGAAUUUUUUCGACGAUGAAGGCAAACCUACAGGAACUGGGGCUUAUGGCGCGAAAAGGAUCACAAUGGAGGAAUGCAUUUCGGAGAGUCUUACCAUUAAGGAUGCCACAACUGGAGUAUCAAGGACACUAGAAGUGCCGGCGAGUGGACGAGGAAUGCUUGCGGCUUUGCUCUUGAAUUUACUGCGGUACGAUCCCAAAGCCCGAUGCAGUAGCAAAGAGGUUACUGAGCAUGAAUACUGGAAACUGGAAGUAGAAGAUCCAUAG